AUGCUUAUUGAAGAUGAAGACAGUGGUAAUCGUCUUCAGCCUUUUGAUCAUCAUACUCCUGGCCCUGUUUAUUUAUUUCGUUAUUUAGGGGUCGCUGAGGAAUGUGGGCAGAACAAGGGACUGUUCUCUCAGGGCUUCGUUGAAGAGGGAAACAAAAGGAAGCAAAGUGAGGGGGAAUUUCCAAUUUGUAACAAUGACAACGAGGUGGUAAAGGAUGCCCCGGAAGGUAAUGAGGCAAAGUUCACGUCGAGCCUUACUGAAGGGGAGGGCAGGAGGAACAAUGUGCAUACAAGUGGUAGCAGCGGUGGAAGUGGUAGAAGGAGAUGCAACACCCUGGAGGCGAACCACCUGGAUCUGAUAUUUCACGAUUCGGUGAAGACCAUUUAUGAAGGCACCAAUGAUGCGCAUGUGGAAAUUCCUACCAUAAUGGGUAGUGGCAGAAAUGGGGGCGCACGAUGCCACCUGCAAAAGAAGAAGCAGGGGAGGCAAACAGACCACCUUGACGAUGUCGUCCCGGAAAGCAUUCAUAUAAAGGACAUUACGAACAAGGAGAACGUUCCACAAAGAAUUGAAAAUAUGAAAAAUUUUUUAAUGGAGCGGCUCGAAAGUGUGAACCAAAGGAACAAGCAGCUCUUUUUGCAGAGUAUGCGUAAUAUCAGUGAGAUCUUGAAUUAUAACUUUUUGUGUAUAAGUAAAAAUGGGCACGAGUUAGAUCCUGCUUCGUUCGCCUGGCAUGACUCUUUUGUGGGGCAUGUGCUGGGGGAGGCGUGGAAGGGACGGGCACACGCCUGCUUGGAGGGAGUCAACCAUGAGGGAAGUCAGAUUAAGACCUCCCCUCAUGUUGUUAAGCGUGGUAGAGUGUUUAUCCCAUGUGGGGUCAGUAAUGAUAACACAGGAGGGAGUACCUUAUUAAGAGGCGAUCGAAGUGUUGCAGAGAGGAAUGGACAGGAGGGAGAGGAAGACCAAGGGGAGGAAUUCACAUCCCCAUGCGCCGCCAAUGUGUAUGGGAAGCUGAAGAAUAUCACGUGUGUGGAGGAACCAGGGCUUAGGUACAAGUACGUGUACCCGCCAAAUUACAAGCCAGACGUCACAAAGGAAGUGAGGAAAGUGCCACAGGGAAACAUCCUGUUCAACUCCAAAUUUGAAAGCGCAAAUUUGCAGUACGUGUUGAAGGAAAAGAAUAAACAAGUGUAUUCGAUAUAUUUAAAUCACGACGUAAGAUCAAAUGAAAAGAAGAACCAAUGGUUCUACUUUAGCGCAAGUUAUAUACCAGACCUCUAUUACCACAGUCAUUAUUUUGAGGAAAAAAAAAAAAAAAAAAAAAAAAAAAAAAACGAACAAAGAUGUAUAAAUAAAAUUAUGAAUGAAAUCAAUAGACAUGUCUCUCUCGACAAUAAUGAAAAUUUGAAAGUUUCAUUUGAUUAUUCUGAUUUUUUUUUUGUUAAUAAUAUUAAGAAACUUGAGGAAGCUUUUUCUGUUAAAUUUAAAAUUGAGAAUAUGUCUAGGCCUUAUUUUUUAUACAAAGAAGGACACUCUCCUUUGGUGUUCUCUGAGUGUAGAAGCAUGAAGGAAAAUGUGCUGUGGGAGAGAGCAGCCUACAAUGUUUCAUACACGAGAAAUGACAACCCUAAAUAUUUUAAUUUAAAAACAAAUACAUUUGAAAAAUUACCUUACUGCACAUACACUUUGGAGUUUUCUUACGAUUUCCUUUACCCCUACGACACGGUCUAUUUUGCUAGCUCCUUUCCCUACUGCUACUCGUACCUUAUGCAUUACCUGGGGUUACUAAAGGGUUACGUGCACCGUGCGCAGGAGGAGAAGCAGGAUGCGAAGCAGAAGGAGGAGAACAAAAUUAAUUACCUGCAGGGCACCUUGUGCACCACGGCAUGUGGCCUCCCCUGCCCCGUUGUAGCCAUAACGAAUUACGAUAAGGGGGACGCAGAGACAGGGGGCGUGACAGUGGAAGCGGAAACGGGCGUGGCAAGGGAUGGGGACAGUCAUAACGCAGGUACCGUCAACACUGUGCAGAACUACGCGAGGUUAACUCACAUGGAGGCGUCACAUCGGAGCAGUGUACCCGCCGUGGAAAAUCCCAAGCUUCUAAACGCCGCCAGUGACACUCCGUGGCAGUGCUGCGGGGGACACACAUAUAUGGACGACGCCAAGUGCAUGUACAAUUUGUGCCAUCCUAGGGGGGCACCUCGUUGCAAGGAGGAGGAGGACGACGACCCCAGGCAAAGGAGCCCCCUCAAAUGUUCUAACUCAUUCAUGCGCCAAUUUGAGCUCCUCUUGGAGAGGCAUUCCAUGCAGCAUGUAACAACUGACGAUGGAAGGAGACUCCUGCGCGGGUCGACCAUGUCGCCUUGUUCAAUAAGUGGGUCUACCCAUGUGGUGAGUCCCUCCCCAGAGGGGGAAGAAAAAAAAACACCCCGCCAACCGCGAUGCGAAGAGAAGAAAAUCAUUUUUCUAACCGCACGAGUACACCCUGGUGAAACAAACGCCAGCUACGUCAUGCAUGGCUUCCUCUCCUUCAUCACAUCCGACAAUGCAUACGCAGAUGCGCUUCGUGAUAACUUCAUUUUCAUUGUCAUACCCAUGUUGAAUGUAGAUGGGGUGAUCCUAGGACACAACAGGCUCUGCGCAAAUGGGUUCGAUCUGAACAGGCAGUGGAAUAGGCCAAUAUAUUAUCUGCACCAAACAGUACACUCAGCUAAAUCACUCAUUAAAAAAAUAAACAGAAAUGGAAGAAUUGUCUUCUUUUGUGAUGUCCAUGGGCAUUCGAGAAAAUAUAAUUGUUUCUUAUUUGGUAACUCAGAUAGUAGGUCUCAUCUAAGGGGUAAAAAAUUAGCAGAAAUUUUUCCUCAGGUUUUAGGACCGUCACUCCCUUGGUUUUCCGCAGAAGAUACAAAAUUUAAAAGUGAGAAUAUAAACAGGGGAGUAGCAAGACAUGUGUGUGGAAGAGAGUUUUCAAUCGACUGCAGCUACACGUUUGAGGUGUCCCUCAUAGGGGUCAAGAUGCAACACCACUCCGAUGGGGGGAGCCCACCCCACGCGAUGCAAAUGAACGCAGCCAUUGGCGCGACCGCAAUGAACGAAGUGAGAGAAGCGCAAGAAGGAGAAGAACCUCCCACCGAUAACCCUGAACACGAGGACGAGUUUUUUUUUUAUAACGAGAAUGUCUUAAUGCUCACAGGAAUCAGUUUUGGAAUAAGUCUGUUCAAAUUUUUUAAUUUUGUGUCCCACCAUAAGGCAUUCAUAUCAGAUGGGGGGGACGUCGUCCAGGGAGAGGAGGCGACGACAAAUGAGAAUGACAGAAGGGAGAACGAAGAUGCAAAAUCGGAUAUCCCCCCUGCACGAUUUAAAAGUAGAUGUAGGGUGCAGCUUGGUGGCCUGUUACCAUGUCACAGGAGUGAAGUGACAAGAUCAGGAAGGAAGAAGAAAGGCGAGGUUGUGAAGGAGGCAUAUUUGAAGGAGGCCAAUUUGAACGAGUCCGUACCAUUGGGCACUGUCGCUGUGGAGCCUACGUCGCAAGUGAAGAGUGAACCGGUGCAACCAACUGCAUAUGUGAAAAGUCACCCUGAUGGGGGAUACCCUUUGAAAGGUGGUAGUCGGAGUGAUAGUAAGACUUAUGCGGUCAGCUGUGGCAGCGGAAAAUGUAACAAACGUGAGGGAGGAGGCGAGCGGCAGGUUAGAAAGCACGUCGCUAAAAGUGAUUCGAGCGCCGGGCAGGACCAGCGAGAUGUGAAGGUGAAGGGGCUAUCCAAUCGGAGGAAAGAAGCACAGGAUGACGUAAAAGAAAGUCAUGUGCAGGAGGGACACAAGGGGGGGAAGACUCACAACAGAGCAGCUGCUAGGAAGGCACCAACGCGUUCAAUGAAGAAAAAGCAGUGGGUAAAACUGCUCCCAAGUAAGAACCUUUUUUUUCGUUCCAUAGGUGCGAAAAUAUAUACCGGAUCACAUGACAAGCGAGGGUCAUUUGUAAAGAGGUGCCUCGACGGAACUGGCGGCAGUGCAGUGAAGCAGGAACGGCGUGGCACUUUGUCCAGUGGAGCGAAUUGCAGAACUAGACAUAGAAUAAAGCACCCCUGCUUAGAGGAGCACGUGGACGUAUGUGAACCAUUACAACCCCACGGUUACGACCCCCGACUUGGAGGAAAAAAAAAAAGAUUCGCAGGACACCCCAGCGGGAAGUGUCCCCGUCAGAGGAAGAGGCCACUUCGAAUUACCAGGAGAAAGCUGGUGAUGAUUAAAAGAGUGAACUUUGUGAAGGGGAGAAAAGCAAAUAGUAGUCCUCAAGCGAUGCACACAAAGAAGGAGGGGAAAAAAGUUGGUUUGAGUUUGAACCAUGGAGGACUAAAACGGGAGUAUGUUAUUUGCUUAAAAAGGAAAAAGCUGAAAGGGGGGUUGGGAUUAAUCAAGUUGUUCAGACGGAAAGUGAAGCCAUCGAGUGUCGCGCGCGCGUCACAUGGUGUAGUGGGAGAAGCGGUACCAUUUCUUGGAGGCUCCAUCAAGGGAGACACGAGGACAAAAAGAAAAAGAAAAAAAAAAAGAGAUUCAGGAAAAGGCGUAUCUUCCGUGAGCACGGUUGUGAAUGAGAAGCGAGAGGGGUAA